AUGGUGUGGACGAGUGCACAGAGAGCUUUUGCGGUCGAAGCGUUCAUUCGUAGCCAUGAAUCAGUUAUCAUGGCUCAACGCGAAUUCCGAACGCGGAUUCAAAUUCCUCGUCGUGAUUCAGUACUGGACCGCAAGUCUAUUGUGCUGUGGGUGAAAAACGUUAGAGAAACUGGUUCUGUUGUGAAAAAACGAGGUAGAAGACCUCGUAGUGCACGUACACCAGAAAACAUUAAUGCGGUUAGGCAAUCAGUUUUGCAGUCUCCUCAACGAUCAGCUCGCAAACAUGCAGCCGCCCUUCGAAUGUCCGACCGUAGUGUUCGUCGAAUCCUACACAUGGAUCUUCAUUUCCAUCCUUACAAGAUGGUUGUUGUCCAAGAGCUGUCUCAACGUGAUUGGCAGAGUCGUAUGAAAGCGUGUCAAAUAAUCUUGGAAAGUCUCCCACCAGACGCUGUUGUUUUUUUCAGUGACGAAGCGCAUUUCCAUCUGUCUGGAAGUGUGAAUAAACAGAAUUUUCGCUAUUGGAGUGAAAACAACCCGAAGGAAAUCCAUGAGAGGCCUCUUCAUAGUGAACGUGUGACUGUUUGGUGCGCGUUAUCACGAUGUGGAAUCAUUGGCCCUCAUAUUUUUGAAGAGGAUGGCAGUGUUGUUACUGUGAACUCAAACAGGUAUGCCAACAUGCUAGCAGAAUUUUUUGAACCUGCCCUACAACAGAGGACUUUCGAGAAUGUGUGGUUCCAGCAGGACGGUGCCACAGCACAUACUGCCCGAAUAGCAAUAAACAUUUUGAGGCAAAUGUUUCCUGGCCAAUUGAUUUCUCGGGGAGGAGACAUUGUGUGGCCAGCGCGAUCACCCGAUUUAACCCCAUGUGACUUUUUUCUGUGA